UAUAUUUCAUGGCGACAACGUCGGUCGUGCUGCUUUACUCACAAGAAACGCGCGCUUGUCGAAAAAUCGUACGCGCGGUACGUACAUAUAUCGGUGUAGAAAUUACUCAAAAAUGUUGUUGCCUUUCUUUGUAAUAUGUUGAAGGAUUAUUGGCUCAUUUGUGUACAUAUAUAUUCGCAAAUAAAUGCAACCACAAAAAUAUUAGUUACAAAUAAAAGCUAAUAACCGAAUGAAUCUUAAGUGAAAAUAAAUUGAAAAAUCAUUCAUGGAAGACAACAAAACGGUACAACAAUAACAUAGCAGCGGCAGCGCAAAAGAAAGGAUUAAACACAUUAAAAGCACCGGACAAAAAACUAGCUAUAGUAUAAACGGCAAAAGCACCAGCCAGCAGGAGCAUCGGGAGCAGCGGCCAUAUAAUUAAUUUGGAUAAACACACAAAAACAAAAUCAAGGACCCAAAAAAUAUUGAAGGUUUGCUGCUAGUUCGAAAAGGAAAUAAAGACGACCCACCACAACUCUGUCCGCGAGGAACCGCAGGAGUAGCACUUGGAUUAGCAAUAGGAGUAGGAAAAGAAACAAUAAUCGUCGUCAGGCCGUAAAAUUGGAAUAGCAAUAAAGCCAGCAAGAAGAGAAGCACGAGCAGCAGGAGCAGCAGCAAAAGGAUAAGAAACGUUGCGCUCCACAUCGUCGUCCAAAUGCCAGCUGGACCAGCCUUAUUACGCCCGGCCCAAUAGAGCCGCCGGAACAGGAGCGCACGCAGUAUCUGGAUAAUCUGUUGAGAAACAUUGCUUAGCAUGAAGCAACGGAGUACACAACAGCAUUAUCCAUCAAUCAGCGGAUUAUUCUUAUUAUUAUCAAGGAGAAGCGCAGAAACAAUCACAUCAGCAGGAGAGGCACUGGAAUCCACCGAAGCAGAAGCAAUAGCAACGACUGAAGGAGUCGGUGCCGAACUUGGAGUCGGACUAGCCGAAGGCGGAACUGGUGGCCUUGAGAAAUUCGCCAGAAGGAAGCAGAGGACUUGCCGAAAGUUAGCCACAUAAUAGGACUAGUCCACGAGCGGGCGAUCGCCGCACCGGAGAGGAUACGGACGGAGACGGCCCCGGGCGUGUGUUUUUGUCGCGUGUGUGGUGUGUGUGUGUGUCGGCCGUCUCAGUCAAGCAUAAUCAGCAUCAGCAACAGCAACAGCAGCACAACCAGCAUCCACUUGGGGAUCAGAUACCUUAAUAGCAACCGCAACAGGACCAGGGACAAAAGCAAAAGCAACAACCAGAAGCCUCAUUAUCAGCCAACAGGAGGAGCAGCAGUAGCAGCAGCUGCAGCAGCAGCAGCAGCAGCAGCAGCAGCAGCAACAACAGCAAGAGCAAGAGCACCACCACCGUCGUCAUCAAAAACAACAAAAACAACAACAUGUCGUCCAACGAACCACCACCUCGCUACGAGCCGCCUGUGGAGCCGGUCAAUGGCAUUGUGCAGCCACCGGUUGUGCCUCCAGUGGAUCGACCGGGCCGCAAUACAAAUCAAUUGCAAUUUUUGAUCAAAACCGUGAUGAAGAUGAUAUGGAAGCACCAUUUUGCGUGGCCCUUCCAGCAGCCCGUCGACGCGAAAAAGCUCAACCUACCCGACUACCACAAGAUCAUCAAGCAGCCGAUGGACAUGGGCACGAUCAAGAAGCGACUGGAGAACAAUUAUUACUGGUCGGCAAAGGAGACCAUCCAUGACUUCAACACGAUGUUCAACAACUGUUAUGUGUACAACAAGCCCGGCGAGGAUGUGGUCGUGAUGGCCCAGACGCUGGAGAAGGUAUUCUUGCAGAAGAUCGAGACGAUGCCCAAGGAGGAGCUUGAGCUGGAGCCGGCCACGCCCAAGGGUGGCAAGAAGAAGGUACGUACCCCUGCCACGCCCAAGUCUGGAUCGGGAGGAGGCGGUGGAGCUGGAUCAAGCACGGGUGCGGCUGUGGCCAACAGCAAUACUGGUAGCAGUAGCAGCGGAUCCGUCAAUAAGGUAGCACCAUCGGCGCAACAGUUGCCCAGCAUGGGGACCGGCUUGGCGGCACAGUCAGCGGGAGCCGGAGGUCAUGGAUCAGCGGCGGGGUCAGGGACAACAUCCCGACCCGUAUCAGCGAUGGGCGGAACGGUUUCAUCGACGGCCGGCGGCGGCGGUGCACCGUCCAUACCACCGAUUAGCACAAUGCCACCGCACACAGUCCCCGGCAGCACCAACACAACGACGACGAACGCGACGAUGGUCGACGCCAUUAUAGCCAGCCUUCGGAAUACCAGCCAGGCCGCAUAUCCGGGCGCCACCCAGGCGGCGGUUAACAGCUCCUCCCUACUGGACGGCAGCAGCAGUGCGGCAUCGGUUGCAGCAACAACAGCGGCGGCGGCGGCAGCAGCAGCGGCAGCAGCAGCAGCAGCGGCGGCGGCAGCAUCAUCUGGCGGAGGAGCGGGUGCUCCCGGAACAGUCAGUACGGCGGGCGGUGUGACAAUACCAUCCGUCAAUACCACCACCAAUGUGCACUCCUCCUACGUGAACAGCACGGCGGGCGUCGGAGUCGGUGUCGGUGUGGAUGCGGUGAUACCGCCCCAACAGCCGGCGAAAAUGAAGAAGGGCGUCAAACGGAAGGCCGACACAACGACGCCGACGGCCAAUGCGUUUGAGUCGCCCUACGCCCAAAUGGACUCGAAGUCGGCCAAGAUAGCGACGCGAAGGGAAUCGAAUCGUCAGGUAAAGGGCAAAAAGGAUCUUACAUUCCAGGGCUCGGGUUAUGCGAUGUCACCAUCGAUGGGUGGCGUGCCUGGAUUAUUGGCCGGCGUCGCCGCCAGUGUUGCGGCGGCCAAGUCAAAGGAGAAGCUCUCGGACGCACUAAAGUCAUGCAACGAGAUCCUCAAGGAGCUGUUCAGCAAGAAGCACUCGGGCUAUGCCUGGCCCUUCUACAAGCCGGUGGAUGCGGAAAUGCUCGGUCUGCACGACUACCACGACAUCAUCAAGAAGCCCAUGGACCUGGGCACCGUCAAGCGGAAAAUGGACAAUCGGGAGUACAAGAGCGCGCCGGAGUUUGCGGCCGAUGUGCGAUUAAUAUUCACCAACUGCUACAAGUACAAUCCGCCAGAUCAUGAUGUUGUGGCCAUGGGCCGGAAGCUGCAAGACGUCUUCGAGAUGCGUUACGCGAACAUACCCGACGAACCGGUUUCUAAUGCGGCCCAUCAUCAUGCUCACACGCACGGACAUGGGCACGGCCAUGGACACGGCCAGAGCCACGGUCACGGGCAUGGGCAUGGCCACGGUGGCUACUCGAGCGCUUCCCUCAAGCACGAUGGCAGUGACUCGUCCAGCGAGGAAUCCAGCGACACGGAGAACGAGUCCAACUCGGACGAGGAGCGCAGCGCCAAGCUGAAAAUGCUCGAGUCCAAGCUGCUCGGUCUCCAGGAGGAGAUCCGAAAGCUCUCCGAGGAGGCCUCCGCCAAGAAGAAGGCCAAGAAAAAACUCAAAGAGAAGAAGAAGAACAUCGGUGGGGGCUCUGGCUCCGGUUCGGCCUCUCAUCAUGGCCAUGCCUCGGCUGGAGGUGACGCUGGCGGUCCGUCCGCCAGCCAUGGCGGUGUCUUGGUCCCGGCCAGCGUCGUCGCCCUAUCGGCGGGUGGAGCAGCGGGACCCCUAUCGGCCCUACUGAGCGGCUCACUGGUGGGGGCCAGCGGAGCGGGCGGAGGAGUGCCGAACGUCUCGGCACUUCAUUCACACGCCUACGACAUGACCCUUGCCAUGAACCAACUGAAGGGCAAUGCGGCAGCGACCGGAGCAGGCUUUACGGCCGGCAUACCGCCACCAGGACCAGCGCCAGGCGGCAAGGGGGCCAACAUGGCCAGCGCCAUGGCUGCGGCGGGAGCGGGACCUGGGGCUUCUGGUGGAACCGGCAGCAGUAAAUCGAAGAGCAAGGGCCAGCGCGGCAAGGGAAGCUCGAGCAACGCGGGAGCGGGCGGAGCCUCCUCUGGAGUGACGGUCAACGCGGGCAGCGGCAUCGGCGGUGCUGGCGCAGCGUCCAGCGCUGGCAGUGGCGGAGGCAGUGGGGCCACCGGCCCCAGCGGCAAUUCGUCAAAGCGGGGCAAGGGUAGCAGUAGUGCCGGCGGCGGCGGCGGUGGCGGCGGCGGCAGUGGCAGUGGUGCCAAUGCCACCAGUGCGACCGGUGCCGGAGCGCGCGGUAGCAGCAAGAAGAAGCCCAGCCAGGUGAUGAACUUUGACUCCGAGGAGGAGGACACGGCCAAGCCCAUGUCGUACGAUGAGAAGCGACAACUAUCACUGGACAUCAACAAGUUGCCAGGUGACAAACUGGGUCGUGUGGUGCACAUCAUCCAGAACCGGGAGCCAUCGCUGCGGGACUCCAAUCCGGACGAGAUAGAGAUCGACUUUGAGACGCUGAAGCCGUCGACGCUGCGCGAGCUUGAAAGCUAUGUGGCGUCGUGUUUGCGCAAAAAAACACGUAAGCCAUGUUAUAAAAAGCCUUCCGGGAAAUCGAAGGAUGAGCAAAUGGCGGAAAAGAAGCAGGAGCUGGAGAAGCGGCUGCAGGACGUCACCGGCCAGCUGGGGGCAAGCAAGAAAAACGCCAAGAAAGAUGAUUCCACCUCGAACAAGGUGGAGGCUGUGCAGCCAGCUAAUCCCGUGUCGUCGAGUUCCAGUUCCAGCGAUUCAUCGUCCUCGAGUUCGAGUGAUAGCAGUUCGAGUGACUCGAGCGACAGUGAAGCAGAUCUCACUAAGCAGCACCGAGUCAACACUGAUGUUGCUGACGUUAGCCAACACCGGUCGACGUUAGCCAACACACCUGUUGCGCUAGGUGCGGUCCGGUGGGAGAAUGAGGGUGAUGGCGACGAACGACCUCCGCGCAAAAAGAAGCCUCGCGACUCGAAUGGCAGCAAUGUAAAUAACCCCAGCCUCAGCGGUGUUCUGGGAGGAGUCCUGCCGAGUGGCGGCUUGACGCCGACGCUCCUUCACAUGGGCCUGGACCACGUGCUGAACCCGAACUCACCCACAUCACAAAUGGCCAAUCUGUUGGGCAAUCCGAAUCCCUUGACGGCGGCUGCCAUGCUGAACAAUAACAACAAGACGACGUUGCAGGUCGGCGGCAGCUUCGGUGGCGCCUCCGCGGGCGGCAACAACAGUAUGCUGCACGGCCCGGUUGGUGCAACGGCGCACCACAAGAACGGACAAAACGACCACCUAAUGACUGGCAAAGUGCCGCCUGGCGGUGGAGCUGCCGGAGCCGCUUCCCUGCCGCCACACAGCUAUGCCGGUAGCGUGCCCACCCAGGCCGCAAGUCUGAGCGGAGGGGGCAUACGGAUAGCCAGUAAUCUGCACAAGCAUCCCAACCUGCCCGGCGGCGACCUGGUCGAGAAUCACGCGGCGCUGACCGCUGCCUUGACGUCGACCGUCAACAGCAACAGCGGCAGCGGAGCUGGAGUGGGCGUGGGCGCCGGCCUGAGCAACACCAGCAGUGGCACCGCCUCGGGCCACACACUUAACGCCAACACAAUGGGUGGCCACGGCGAUGGCUUGUCGAGUGGCUCGCUGUCAUCGGGUCUGAAGCAAAUACCGCAGUUCGACGACCCCGUUGAGCAGUCGCUGGCCUCCCUGGAGUUCAGCGCGGCGGCGGCCUCCACGGGCAAGUCGGGCCUAACCGAUAACUUUUUGAUGGCCCAGCAGGGACACCUAAUGCAGCAACCUGGUCAGCAGCAGCAGCAGCCGCCCUUUGGACACCACCAGCAGCAACAGCAACACCAGCAGCAACAGCAGCAGCAGCACCAGCACCACAUGGACUACAUGACGGAACUGCUGACAAAAGGGGCUGAGAAUGUGCCCGGCAUGAAUGGAAAUCUUCUGAACUUCAACCUUGACAUGGCGGCUGCGGCGGCCUACCAGCAGAAGCAACACCACGGCCAGCACUCCCAGCAGCAGCAGCAACAACAACAACAGCAACAGCAGCAGCAACAACAGCAGCAGCAGCAGUCGCACAACAAUGGCUUCAAUGUGGCGGACUUUGGCAUGCCAGGAUUCGAUAAUCUUACGGCAACAGCAUUCCUUGACCUGGAGCACACACUCCAGCAGCAGCACAUGCAGCUGCAACAGCAGCAGCAACAGCAGCACCACCAUCACCAACAGCAGACCCUCCAGCAGCUCCAAGCCCACCAGCAACAGCAGCUGCAGCUGACCAACAAAAUGCUCCUCAUACCCAAACCGAUCGAGUCGAUGAUGCCCAGUCCGCCGGACAAGCUGAAGGUAAUGCUGAAAGUAUCGCAAUCGCCCUCCGAAAUGAAGCUGCACUCAAGCCAGGCGGCGGCCGCCCAGAGCAUGCUGGCUCAGUCAUUCAAGGCGGCCGAGCAAAACCUGAAGAAUGCCAGCUCGUGGUCUUCGCUGGCAUCGGCCAGCUCACCGCAGAACACUUCGAGCAGCUCGAGCAGCAGCAAGCCCAAGCCGGCGAUGGAUUCAUUCCAGCAAUUCCGCAAUAAAGCCAAAGAACGCGACCGCCUCAAGCUGUUAGAGGCGGCCGAGAAGGAGAAAAAGCACCAGAAGGAGGCUGCCGAGAAGGAGCAGCAGCGAAAGCAUCACAAGUCAUCCUCGUCCUCAUCCGCCUUACAGGUGGCCCAGGCUGCCGCUGCCGCUGUAGCAACCGCCGCAGUAGCAGCUGCCGCAGCGGCAGCGGCAGCCUCCUCAGCAAACAUCUCCACCGGAAAUGCGCCUCAGUCUAGCGCAGGACAGAUCAGCAGUGAUCGGGAAAGGUCCAGCAGCGCUGUGGAUGCCACCCGCAUGAGCAGUGGUGGGGGAGGCAACGGCGGCCUCCUCCUACCCGGCAAUGGCAACAACAGCAGCAACUCUGCCAACAGCAAUGGACCAGGCAGUGCGGGCAGCGGCAGUGGGGGCCCCGUCAGUGGCCCGGCAAGUGGCGGCGGACCCAACAGCGGCGGGUGCAUCAUCGGCCCGUUGGCAAAUACAGGCAGCAACAGCAACAGCGGCGUUGCCAGCGGAGCCACAAGCAGCAACAGCAAUAGCAGUGUUGGCGGAGUGGUCGGGAGCGGGGGGCCCGGCUCGAAUAGCCAGGGCAGUAGCGGUGGGGGCGGAACCAUGGGAAGCGGACUCCUAGAAUACGGCCAACAGGUGGUGGUACUCACGCAGGCGGCGGCGAAUGCCCAGGCCCAGCACGUAUCGACUACAAUGACAGCCCAGACCGUUCUGGCCUCCUCGCCCCUGGAGGCUAUGGAGAGUGGCAGGAAAAGCGUGCAUGACACCCAGUCCCAGAUAUCUCGUGUCGAGGACAUCAAGGCAUCGCCGGGCCAGGGCCAGAGCUCGCCGGCACAGCAAUCGCCGCAAGAUCGGGCAGCGGCCAAGCGUGCGGAGCAGCGAAGGGCGGAGCAGGAGAGACGCAGACGCGAAGCGUUGGCUGGUCAAAUCGACAUGAACAUGCAGAGUGAUCUUAUGGCAGCGUUUGAGGAGACGUUGUAGGACAAGGCCUUCGGAGGACAGCACCGGACAUAUACGCAUCCCAGAACCAGCAUCCUCAUUGCUGCUCCGAGAAUGCCGUCGUCGCUUUCAAAGCGGCGGGCGGCGAGGACGCCAAAGCCUGAUCCAACACAUACAACGAUGGAGUGCAAUACCAGCAACCCCAGCAACCCCAGCACCACCAGCAACACCAGCAACACCAGCAGCAAAGACCAUAAGAAACAUGUCAGCAGCAGCAGCAACCCUGACUUGAAACGGACUAGCAGCAGCAGCCUCGACCCCAAACACAGUAGCAGCAGCGUCAGCAGUCACCCCGACCACAAACGCAGCGGCAGCAACCCCGACCACAAACGCAGUAGCAGUAACCCCGACCACAAACGCAGUAGCGCCAGCCACCACAAACGCAGCAGCAGAACCAACGACGACAAGCGCAGCACUAGCAACCAGGACCACAAACCCAGCAGUUGCAGCAGCAGUCAACAGGACAACAAACGCAGCAGUAGUAGCGGCGGCAAUCCAGACCAUAAACGCAGCAGUGGCGGCACCAGCCACGACCACCACAAGCAUAGCAGCAGUAGCAACAGUCAUCCCGACCACAAGCGCAGCAGCAGCAGCAGCCACCACAAGCGCAGCAGCAGCAGCAGUCACCACAAACGUAGCAGCAGCAGCAGUCACCACAAGCGCAGCAGCAGCAGCAAACAUAACGACGACAAUUUAAAGAAGCAACAAAACAAGAAAGCAACAUAAAAACAAGUAAGCAAUGUUUUAAGGCGUAAUCUUCAUACGUACAUUUAGUAAGUAUCUAUAGUGCAUAUACAUAUACAAAGGAUCGGGAUAGGAGCGCUGCCCGGUCCUGCAUGUACAGCGACAGCGACAGCAACAGCAACAGCAACAGCAAGAAAUAACAACAACAACUACAAGAAAAACACGCAACAUCUGCAAGAGCAGCAGAUUCGAACAUUAACCGAAACAAAAAGGCAAAUUUCCUUUGGUUCAUAAAUUGUUCUAGGGUUCAAUUGAAUCGGCGAUUAUUCUAUACAUAUAUAUAUAUAUAUAUAUAUAUAUAUAUAUAUACAUUUAUUUGUAAUCUUUUCACUUGCGAUUGUUAAUUGCGAUUAUAAUGAUUAAAAUAAUUUAAGCGAUGAGAUGAGAUGUUGAUCGAUCCGACUACCUUAAUGAACACGAUUCAAAUCUUAUGUUAAAUAUUAUAUUGAUUGCUUAGGCAAGCUUAGCCUGUAGAUUUAACACAUUACAUUACGGAUAAACCAUCUUUUUUUUUGUCUUAAGUAUACACAAAACACAUAUGCUUAGAGUUGUUAACUAAUUUAAUGAAACGAAAUCAAUCAAUGUAUGUAUCUAUCUAUCCAAGCGUGAGAGGGAGGUGGGGGGGAUUGCACAGCCAGGUUCUUCAGUACGAAUAUGUUCAUAACCUUAAUUCCGUAAUAACCCCCCAACACCCGCACCCCUUAUCUGUUUAAAGGCUUGACAGGCGCUACCACACAUAUGCGACCAAGUCUAUUUUUACACUUGUAAUUUACACACACAAACAAAAACACACACUCACACGUACUAUAACCAUACUAUGGAUAUUUUAUAGUAGUUACAUUGAGAUAAUGUAUUGGCCAGGCAGAGGAACCCCAGCUCUCAGCUCAAUCAGAACCCGAACACGAACCAGAAUCGGACCCCAAACCAGAACCCGAACCCCUUCUAGAAAUUAAAAAAUUGAAAACAAAUGUAGUUCUUAAGUAGCCAACGAAAUUUUUCUAUUGUGACGCGACUUUAAGAAACCAUUAAGAGAAAGAACUAGAAACAGCAACAAUGCUUGCAAAUAAAACUUACAGAAAACAA